AUGCUCAACAUCACACCCGUGAACACCAUUGCAGAAGGCUCAAUCCUUGCUUCCCCGUUGCCCGCCAUCACUUUGUUUUCAAAAUUCGUCCAAUCCUUCAAAGAGCUCGAAUCUUACAAGAACGGAAAGUCAGUUACUAUCGACGGACAGACAUUAUCUAUUGCUGCUAUCACCGCAGCAUCACGCUAUCAGGCCUCCGCGCAACUGACCCAGUCUGCUGAGGUCAAAAAGCGCGUCGAGAAGAGCCGUACUGCCAUUGCAGACAAGGUUGACAACGGGAUUAGCAUUUAUGGUGUCUCUACCGGCUUUGGUGGCAGCGCUGACACGCGUACAAACCUCCCUCUGGUUCUAGGGCACAGUCUCCUGCAGAUGCAGCACAGUGGUGUCCUGCCGUCUUCGACGAAACCCCUGGACGCGCUUCCUCUUCUUGAUCCCAUGGGUUCAACCACGAUGCCUGAGUCCUGGGUCCGUGGAGCGAUCCUGAUACGAAUGAACUCUCUCAUCCGUGGACAUUCUGGUGUCCGAUGGGAACUCAUCGAAAAGAUGAAGCAGCUUCUCGACUACAAUAUCACUCCUGUUGUUCCUCUUCGCGGGAGUAUAUCUGCAUCCGGAGACCUCUCGCCACUUUCUUAUAUCGCCGGUGCCCUCGUUGGGAACCCGUCAAUCCGCGUGUUCGAUGGCCCGGCUGCAUUUGGAUCUCGUACUAUUACUCCAUCCAUCGACGCACUCAGGUCACAUAACAUCGACCCCUUGCCGCUUGCUUCGAAAGAACCAUUGGGCAUCUUGAACGGGACCGCUUUUUCCGCCUCCGUUGCCUCGUUGGCUCUCAACGAUGCGUUGCAUCUCACUUUACUCGCGCAGGUUUGCACGGCCAUGGGUGUGGAGGCUCUCGCCGGGACCCGAGCAUCGUUUGACCCUUUCAUUCACGCUGUUGCACGUCCUCAUCCUGGACAGGUGGAGUCUGCUAAGAUCAUUUGGGAUCUGUUGGAAGGCAGCCAGUUCGCAAUGACACACGAAGAGGAGGUGACCAUCAAGGAAGACGAGGGUACUCUCCGACAGGACCGCUAUCCUCUGCGAACUGCUCCCCAGUUCAUCGGUCCCCAGGUUGAAGAUCUACUGGCGUCAAUCGAAACAAUAACCCGGGAAUGUAAUUCGACCACUGAUAAUCCCUUGUCUGACGGAGAGACAGGCAUCAUCCACAAUGGCGGAAACUUCCAGGCCAUGGCUGUCACUAAUGCGAUGGAGAAGACGCGUCUCAGCCUUCAUCAUCUCGGCAAGAUACUCUUUGCACAAUGUGCAGAGCUCAUAGAUCCUUCGAUGAAUCGUGGUUUGCCACCUUCCUUGGCUGCUACGGACCCAUCUCUAGACUAUCAUGCCAAGGGAAUUGAUAUCGCUACAGCCGCAUAUGUCGCAGAGCUCGGCUACCUUGCAAACCCCGUUUCAACACAUAUCCAGUCUGCAGAAAUGCAUAACCAAGCUGUGAACUCGCUUGCUCUGAUAUCUGGCCGUGCUACUAUCAACUCACUUGAGGUACUAUCAAUUUUAAUGUCGUCGUAUAUAUAUGUUAUCUGUCAAGCUCUGGAUUUGAGGGUCCUACGAGAGGAGCUGAUAGAUGGGAUAUCAAGCAUCGUUAAGGAGGAGCUCGUUGAUUUAUUUGCCCCUAUUCUAUCUCACCCCGACCUUACCUCCGUUACAUCCAAAGUACGGAAGACCCUGAUCGACGCGCUCGAUCGUACAACGACGAUGGAUGCCACUGAACGGAUGAACAAAGUUGCCGCGUCGAGUACUACAGUGCUCGUUGACUUCUUCACGUCAUGCACCUUCAUUUCUGGUUCAGCUGCCGGAUCAGCGCUAACAUCCAUUCCUUUAUUCCGUUCGCGUGUUUCAUCAAGGUCGGCGGCGCUCUUGGACCAACUUCGUCGCGCGUAUCUCUCAGGCGAGCGAGGUGCUGCUCCAGCAAGUACGCAUUUAAAGAAGACGCGUCCUUUGUACGAGUUCGUCCGUAUAACUCUUGGCAUCCGGAUGCAUGGAUCUGAAAAUUACCACCGUUUUGUUAACGGACACGGUACAGACGAAGUGACAGUUGGACAGAAUGUCUCUUUGAUUCACGAGGCUAUCCGGGAUGGGAAAUUGCAAUCACUCGUCGUGGGCAUGCUGUCCUGA